CGAAUAUUUUCUUUGGCUGUUGUGGCAUUUCACUUCAGGUACGAGUAGCUACGGUUAGAUCUAUCCACUAGAUUGUGAUGUUCAUACCUUACUAAUACUCAUGCAUCUGAGUAUUUGAGCUUCUGGAUCGGUGUUUGUUCCGAAAGUCCCGUUUAGUUGAGGUUCGCCUUUUGAAUUAUAGGGGCGUGGAUCGCCAAAAUUCGAAUAUGGCGAGCAGCAGAGAAGGCCCUGGAGAGAAUCAAUGCAGCGAAACCGAUCUUGGUAGCAUGGCUAUUCUCUUAGACAGUCCGUGUUCAAAAACACCAAAAAACGGCUUAGCACCAGUUUCACCGCUGUCAUCGCCACAGUCCCAUGGCGCUCCAAGUGGUGGGCCACCUGUGGACAGCGGUGAGAGCGCGAUACGUGGCGAGAAUCCGUGUGUAGUCGCUGAGCAGCCACGUGCCGUGUCCCAUAUACGGCACCGAGGAGUGGUUGCUGCUGGCACUGCCGAUCUAAGUGGUAGCGGUGAUAGUAACAAUACUAGCAGUAGUGCUCACAAGGAUACUGACUGGUUCUGGAGAUGGAACACCGCACCAUCUCGCCCAUCAGCUACACAAACAUCCCCACCACCAGUAACAGAACAGCCAGUCCCUCCUUCUGCCACUUCGCCCCGAGCAAAGAACGGGGCCGAUGUUCCCGACGGCCGGAGGCGUGCUUCCUCAACACCAGUGCCAACAAUAGAAUUGGCUUCGUCAGCAUCGAAGCGACUUUCCUUCAGUCCACCACCAAACCUAUCUUCUGAGACGGUACCGGGACAACCAGAGCACAUGGUGCGCGCCUUGUCAGCCGGCGACGGUAGCAACCAGCACCUACCGCAGCCCAGUAGUAGUAUGUCGGAUCGGGAAGGUGAGAGAAGCUCCAGCUCUACACCCAGCGGUGGUGAUGUGUAUCCACCACUGCAGCCGGCAUCGAUGUCGGCGUCCUACCCAACGCAGGUCAUGGUGCCAAUAUCUGGUGUUUUGGAGACGGCUGUACGCACGACAGCGGCGGCAACAGCAGCUGCUGGACCAACCAACGGGGCUAGCUCUGCUCUACGCCACAGUACACCUGACAUCGACGCCAUGCAAAGAGGCACAGCACCCAUACCUUCGUCUGUGUUUGCCGAGUUUGCCAAGGGGUGUCAGUGCAGUGUGCUGAUGCCUGACAAUAGCAAAAUGGUCAUAUUCGAUGCCCAUCUCCUGGUGAAGAAAGCCUUUUACGCCCUGGUCCAGAACGGAGUGCGCUCGGCACCUGUCUGGGAUAGCGUCUCUCAGUCGUUCAUAGGAAUGCUGACCAUUACCGACUUCAUCAACAUUCUUCGACACUACUAUCGCUCUCCACUGGUACAAAUGCAUGAACUGGAGGAACAUCGUAUUCAGACUUGGCGAGAUCUGGCUAUCCGACGAUGCCAUGAAGUCUUGGUCAGCAUAGAUCCUCUGCAGAGUAUUUAUGAGGCAAUACGUAUGCUGGUUGAGAAGAAAAUUCAUCGGCUUCCCGUCAUCGACCCACGCUCUGCCAAUUGCCUUUAUAUCCUCACACCAAAGCGUCUACUGCAGUUCAUAUACUUAGAGUUUGAAAACGUGCCUCAACCAGAAUUCAUGUCGCGGUCUAUCUCCUUUCUUAACAUUGGAACCUACAACAACAUUGCAACCGUCAGUCAGGACACAGCGCUCAUUGUCAUUCUCAACAUAUUCUCGGAGCGACGUAUUUCAGCAGUACCUGUCAUCGACCACAACGGUCAAGUUGUGGAAGUCUAUGCCAAGUUCGACGUAAUUAACUUAGCUGCGGAAAAGACCUACAACAACCUGGAUAUCAGCGUGAAGGAUGCUUUGAAAUACCGGGCUGAGGAUUCCCGUUCAGUACACACGUGUUUGCUUAGCGAAUCCCUGUCUACAGUGAUACGUCGGAUAGUGGAGAAACAGGUACACCGACUGGUGGUUGUCGAUGGUCAUAAUCACGUUGUGGGCAUUGUGUCCCUGUCGGACAUCCUCAGCUUCCUGGUCCUCAAGGCUCCGGAUCUCUUUGCAUGACCUCCUUUUCUCUGUCUUCGCCUCUCGCUAGUUUUCACGAACCUGACUGUUCUGACAUAUUGUGCGUAUAUAAUACUAAUCCAUUCUCUAGUGCCCAUGACAUUAAGACUGAGGUGUUCCCCUCUCUAGUUACCCGCCUUUUGCUGAGUUUUAUAAUUAAAUAUGAGCAACCCAGUGAGGUCUAAAUCGAAAUACCCCCCCCCCCCCCCCCCCGUGAUUUCCAUCCAGUGACACGACAUAUUUUGGAUUUUAUACACCCUUACAAACAAUCAAAACUACCCCUUGUGCUCAGUGCCAGUUUUUACUUCAUUUUUAAGUGCUUAUUUUUAAGUCAAGCAGUGCUUAUAGCUACUUGUACAGCAAGAAUUGAUGACGAGUGUUUGUCUACACAUAUCCAGUUAUGUCUAGUAUACCGGUAGCCACUUCAUUCAACUCUGACUUGCAACUAACUCCUCUAAUUCAGUA